AUGGCUCCAUCCACCAUCGCAGAGGGCGAGUCGCCCCUUAACAAUGGCUUCCAUCAAGACUCCCAAUCCAAGCAAUCCAAGGGAACCUCUUCCGCUCUCCAGGUAGAGCGUCAUGACUACCCCGAUCUUGCACCCACCAAGCGAUCACGCGCCCAUUCCAUGGAAGGCUUCGACGACAUCUACACCGAUAUCGUCGACUACAUCGUUCGUUGCACGCAUCGCAUUUGGGAUGAGCGAGACAUUGGUCUUAUCUACACUCACUACACUCACAACUGCGUGCUUUACGGAACGAUGGGCACAGUCUAUGAUCGUGAAUCCGUCGUUCGCGAUACCAUUCAACGACUAGUCUCCCUACCCGAGCGACGCGGCAUGGCCACACAAGUUCUCUGGAAUGGCGAUGACAAGGAAGGGUUCUACACCUCCCACCUGGUCACCGGAGCCGGUCGACACACUCAAUACGGGCACUUUGGCCCCGCAACCGGCAAGACAUUUGUCUCGCGCACCAUUGCAGACUGCAUGAUUUACCGCAACAAGAUCUACCGCGAGUGGGUUGUCGCCGACAACAUGGCAAUCAUCAAGCAACUCGGACUCGACCCACAUACUUUCGCAUACGACGCUGCCAAGGCCCUCUUCGACAAGGGUCUCGAGAACAUCGAUAUUGGCGAGAACCGUCGUAUCCUUGGACAACAGCCUCCAGAGACAAAAUGCGACACUUCGAUCGCCAACAAUGAGAUUGAAAAGGAGACUUUGGAGUGGUUGCAUGAUGUAUUCAACUGCCGCAUGUUUGGCCGUAUCGAGAAGGUCUAUGCUCCAAAUGCGCAGUAUCAUGGUCCCAAGAUGAGUGAGCUGUACGGUCCUGCAGCUGUCUUGCACCAGCAUCUUGGCCUUGUUGGGUCUAUUCCCGAUGCGGCCUAUAUGCCCCAGCACAUUUUAUCCACCCCAUGUGAAGAGGGAGGCGUCAAGGUUGCCGUGCGUUGGAUAAUGGAGGGUCACCAUCUGGGAUUCGGUAUCCUGAGUGAGCUCGGAAAGCCUACUGGACGGCGUUUGCAGGUCAUGGGCAUGACCCAUUAUCACUAUCGCAACGGAAAGAUCGUUGAUGAGUGGAACGUGUAUGAUGAGCUCUCAUUGCUGACGCAGCUCAAGCUAGGUGAGAUGGUUGAAGCUGAAAGAAAGUAG